AUGUUUAAUAUCUUAUUCAUUUUACUUAAAUACGUUCGUAUCGCCGGAAAAGCAAAAGGUUCAACAGGUCAGAUUUUACUACAAUUACUUGAAAUGCGUUUGGAUAACAUCCUUUUUCGAUUGGGUAUGGCUUCGACCGUUCCGCAAGCCCGCCAAUUAGUUAACCAUAGACAUAUUUUAGUUAAUGGUCGUAUAGUGGAUAUACCAAGUUAUCGCUGCAAACCGCGCGAUAUUAUUACAGCAAAGGAUGAACAAAAAUCUAGAGCUCUGAUUCAAAAUUAUCUUGAUUCAUUCCCCCAUGAGGAAGUGCCAAAACAUUUGACUCUUCACCCAAUCCAAUAUAAAGGAUUGGUUAAUCAAAUAAUCGAUAGUAAAUCGAUCGGUUUAAAAAUAAAUGAAUUGCUAAUCGUAGAAUAUUAUUCUCGUCAGGCUUAA